CGUCCACCCAAUAGCCGUUUACCGGAGGGCACCUAACAGCAGCACAUGAACCUCGGAUUAUCAUAUUGACCAGACUUCCUCAAUCCCCAAUCCAAGAAUUGAAAAUCCCUCAUACUCAAUUCCAUUCUAUGUAUAACUAGCACCCUUCAAUCUUCAAUCCUCGUCUCAAUCUUCAAUGGCUGCAAACUCCAGUGAGGUGCUCCAUGACUUCUUCCCCUUGCUGAGAGAAUACAAAGAUGGUCGAGUUGAAAGAUUAGUCGGCAAAGACUUGGUUCCCGCAUCAGUAGAUCCAGAAACAGGGGUUCAAACCAAAGACGUUGUUAUAGCACAGGAGAUCAACCUUUCCGCCAGGCUUUACCUGCCCAAGAACGCUGCUCCGGGCAAGAAACUUCCCCUUCUUGUCUACUUCCAUGGUGGUGGUUUCUUGGUGGAAUCCGCAUUCUCUGCAAUGUACCAAAAGCACCUCAAUUUGCUGGUCGCAGAGGCUAAUUGUGUUGCCGUAUCCGUCAACUAUAGAUUAGCCCCUGAGCAUCCUCUCCCUGCUGCCUACGAUGAUUCUUGGCUCGCCCUCAAAUGGGUUGCCUCUCAAUCCACAGAUGAGUGGAUUAAAGAUUAUGCUGAUCUCAAUCGUGUUUACUUAGGCGGCGACAGCGCUGGUGGUACCAUAGCACACCACGUAGCGAUACGUGUGGGUGAUAAAACGUUGGACGGCAUCAGAUUGAGCGGCGUUUUCCUCAACUGUCCAUUCUUUUGCAGCAAAGAUGCAAUGGGGAAAGAAGAAACACAUCCAGUUUUUUCAAAGAGUUAUUUGGAUAGACUUUGGCACUAUGCAUGUCCAAGCAGCACAGAAGGGUCCGAUCAUCCUUGGAUUAAUCCGACCAUGGAUCCAAAAAUCUCGAGCUUCGGGUGUAAAAGGUUGCUGGUUUAUGUUGCGGAGAAGGAUGUCCUGAGGGAGAGGGGCUGGUGGUAUAAGGAUGCAAUAAGCAAGAGUGGGUGGAAUGGAGAAAUUGAGGUGGUUGAAGUCAAAGGGGAGGAUCAUGUCUUCAGUGUAAUUUCUCCAACUACUGAGAAUGGCAUUGCUAUGCUCAAAAGGGUGGCUUCUUUCCUCAACCAUGACUAGCUUAUUUCAUUUGCAGAUUGGCAGAUGACCUGUUUUUAGUAGCCCCGGUCUUGGUGAGGUGAGUGUCUGUUGGUUUACCGGGAUUGCACCAAUUAUAUUUUACGGGUCUUUGCCUAGUAGCUAGUAUUGUCUAUUUGUAAUGUUUUUAUGUUACAAAACAUAUUAAUGUACUCGUUCAGACCUUGUGUGUU